CCAGUUUUCUGAGUGUACACCAGAUUGUGUUUUUGUACACUGUUCAUUUCUCACUGUACUGUGUGAGGAGUGGUUCGGCCAUACAGAUCAAGAUACAGCACUGAGAAUGGCUUCAAUUGGAGACUCACCUCAAGAGUCAGUUCUCAAUGUUGGUCUCUUCACACUGAAAAACAGAAUGAAAUACAUAGAUCUGAGGAUUAUCAUAAUUGGACCCCGUGAGGUAAACGUGGCUUCAACUGGAAACAUCAUCCUUGGGAGAGAGGAGUUUGUAUCUCAGAAUAGUAGCAAGUGCAUAAAGAGAGAUGGAGAGAUAGCUGGUAGAAAAGUAACAGUGGUAGUCCCACCUAAUCAAUGGUCCAGACUUCCUCUGAUUGACACAACAAAACGAGAUAAACAAGAACUAAUGCUCAGUAUGAUUCUGUGUGAGCCUGGACCUCACGCCAUCCUUCUAGCUAUUGGUGAGGAGGAGGUCACAAAGGACAUGGCUCUCUCAAUGGAGGAGCACACAGAGCUUCUUGGCCAGGAAGUUUGGGAUCAUACAAUAUUAUUAUACUCAUGUGGCAAACAGCAAGGAAAAUGUGUUAAGGAAUCAGGAGAAGCUUUCAAGAGGAUUGCAAGUAAAUGUGGACACAGAUAUCACAUUCUCAGUGACACAAAUCAGGGUGAUAGUAUUCAGGUCAGAGAACUACUAAAGAAGAUAGAUGACAUGGUACAGAAAAACAAAGGCAAACACUGUGAGAUACACGGGAAGAUCUACCUUGUUCAGAAAUGGAGGGAAGCUGAAGAUAAACGAGCAGAACAAAGGCUACAAAAGACAAAGAAACUGAGAGAGAUGCUGAGAUCAAAAAUGGGAAGCACAAGUCACAGUUCUGAGAUCAGACUUUUGCUAACAGGAUAUCAGUUUUCUGGAAAGAGCUCAACAGGAAACACAAUCCUGGCACAGGAAGCAUUUAUGACAUUUCCGAAAAAGAGGAUGUCAAAGUGUGUGAAACGUGAAGGAGACGUUCAAGGAAGGCAUGUUACUGUAGUGGAUACUCCAGGACGAUGGAGAAUUCACCCAGUCGAGUACACUACUGAGCUUUGCAAGCAGGACCUGGUGCUUAGCGUAACUCAGUGUCCACCAGGACCCCACGUUUUGCUUGUGUUUGUCCGUUUAGACACUUCGUUCACUGAAAUGAACAGGAGGGCAACGGAGCAGCACUUGCAGCUUUUUGGUGAGAAUGUUUGGAGACACACCAUGGUACUGUUCACCUGUGGGGACUUUCUGGGAGAAACAACGAUUGAGCAGUUUAUUGAGAGUCAAGGGCAAGCUCUGCAGUGGCUAGUGCAGAAAUGUAACAACAUGUACCAUGUGUUCAACAACAACAAAAAGGAUGAUCGCUCUCAGGUUUCUGAGCUGCUGGAAAAGAUUGAUGAGGUUGUUGCUAGUAACGGUGGUGGCCAUUUUGAAAUGGACCAGAAGAUUUUUCACGGGCUCCAAAAGAAGAGGAAGAUGGCAGAAGACAAAGCUAAAGAGAGGAGACUGAUGGCAGAAGAGGCACAAAAAUCGAAAAGAGGAGCAACUUCAGUAUCUGAAAAAGGAGCCUUGCCUAGUGAUCCUGAGGUCAACAUUGUAUUAAUUGGUUAUAGAAAAGCUGGAAAGACCACAACUGGAAACAUUAUGUUAGGCAAAAACCUUUUUUCCAGACAAAAGACUUUUCAGAGUGAGCAGCAACAUGGACAAGUAGCAGGAAGACAGGUAGUUGUAGUAGACACUCCAGGCUGGGACUGGGUCCAUGAUUUGGAGGAAACACCUGAGCUUGACUGGCAGAUAGUGCAGAGUGUUCACACUCAUUGUUCCAAAGGUGCACCUGUUGUUUUCCUUCUGGUCGUGCGAGCAGCUUUUCCCUUCAAAGAGGUGAACAAACGCAUUACUGAAGAAUAUCUGCAACUUCUUGGUGACUGCAUCUGGAAUCACACCAUAGUGCUGUUCACUACUGGGGCCUGGAUGGAAGACGUAGACAUAGAACUGCACAUUGAGAGUGAAGGGGAUGCACUGCAGCGGCUUGUAGAAAAAUGUGGGAACAGAUACCAUGUUAUGGACACUAAAGGAAAGAAAGCAGCUGUACAAGUCCCUGAACUGAUGAGAAAGAUUGAACAAGUAGUGGCAAAUAACAAGAGCUGUCCUUUUCACAUAGACAAAGAAAUCUGUGAGAAAUUUGAAAAGCAACGUUCCACUGUCAGCAAUCAAACCUCACAAAGGAUGUUACACGUCAGAAAGGAAUACAGCAGCAUGAUCUCGCUUCCACCUUACAUGGAUGAUGAUGAUGGCUUUGGCUCAUAUCAAUCUCUGCUGCAUGAGACUUCCUCUACUCCAUCAUUAAGGGAUUUGUCACGCUCCAACAGGGAUAGGUCACGCUCAACAACUUCACUUCAGUAAGAGCAAAACUCUGAGAGAUCUGUCGUUUCCCAUCCACUCUAAAGCAGAUCCUGACACACCAGUUUGAAAUCUAUAAGAGAACAAGCAGAGGACAAGAGGCUGAAACCGAAACACUAAAAUAAACAUAAAAAAGGAAUGGACUUAAAAAAAAAAAAAAUCUACAAGCAACGAGUGAUAAAGAAUCUACCAGCUUGUAGAACAUCAGCAUAUUUUACAUUAGUAUUAUAUCUAUAGUCAUUCUGGCUUUCCUGUAUGUGCAAUAGAAUAAGUUGAGAUUAUAAUGUUCCUUGUAAUUCUAAAUCGUAUUAUUUGUAAUUCCAUAACCUUGGUAUAAGGUAUCAUCUAAGUGAAGAAUAAAUGUCAGGAAAACUUUUGUGAUAUUAAAGUCAGAAUUUAUACAUUAUUAUUUUUUGUAAAGCAGAGAAUCCUAUAAAUAAUGUACUCAGGGUUUAAACAGAGCUACUUCCUACAAAUCCUACAUGUCUUGAUAUGUUAUGACCAACAGAGGGAGAUAUUCAUUCAUUCAUCUUCUACCGCUUAUCCGAACUACCUCGGGUCACGGGGAGCCUGUGCCUAUCUCAGGCGUCAUCGGGCAUCAAGGCAGGAUACACCCUGGACGGAGUGCCAACCCAUCGCAGGGCACACACAUUCACUCACGCAAUCACACACUACGGACAAUUUUCCAGAGAUGCCAAUCAACCUACCAUGCAUGUCUUUGGACCGGGGGAGGAAACCGGAGUACCCGGAGGAAACCCCCGAGGCACGGGGAGAACAUGCAAACUCCACACACAAGGGUGGAGGCGGGAAUCGAACCCCGACCCUGGAGGUGUGAGGCGAACAUGCUAACCACUAAGCCACCGUGCCCCCCAGAGGGAGAUAUGCUACAUGAAAUAGGGCUCUUUAUUUAACCACACUUUAACCACACUGUGAGGUUAUAAUAAUAAUAACAAUAACAACAACAACAAUAAUAAUAAUAAUAAUAUUGUUGUUGUUGUUGUUAUUGUUAUUAUUGUUGUUGUUGUUGUUGUUGCUACUGUUGUUGUUACUACAACAUCUACUACCUGCAUAUAUUCAUACUGUACUUUGGCAAUGAGAGCAUGUAUCUUUUGUCCAAUAUCUUAAUUGUAUAAUAAAUUAAAUAUUGGCACACAAAA